UUACACCGGAUGCCUAUUAACUUAUACUGAUGCUUUUAACUUUUUCUUUGCAGUCGGGGAGCAGGACUAUGCCUCGCUCCAUUCGGCAAAUGACAAAGAGACCCGACGAGGAACUUUCCCAGCCGACCUCUACACGCCAAAGAACCAUUCCUCUUCCUCCUCCCGUCUCAGGUGCCAGGCCGCCUGCUCAACAAGAGUGGUCGACCUCUGGUGGAAAGAGCCUUCGAGGCUUCAUUCCUAGCUCCCAGACGGGAGAAACUGAAACUGAGGAGCCGGAGGCUCCUUCUGGCCGGGUGCUUGCUGUAGCAUCCGGCUCAAAUGCGGCUGGGGGUGGCUCAACCCCUCAGCCACAAGCUCAAGAAACUUCUUGUUGGCCAGAUUUACAAAAUUAUGCCAAUAGAAUGGUCCGGACCCUUACCCGUUCUGAAAGGGAAGCGGUCCCGGGUGUUGGGCAAGUCAAUAUUGACCGAGUACAAUCACUUCUUGCUGAGGUAUGUACCGGCUGAGUUACUUUGAUGCA